GGAACUGGCUGUCAAUUGACUCGGCAGCCCCGCCCUUAGUGGCGCAGGUUAGGUUGCGUGCAGUGCGGCGUCGAGAAUGUCCUUCUCCAGCAGUCAUUUGGAUGUGAUGUUCUCUGAAGAGGACAUUGUGGGAACAAGAUGUUUAAAUGGUGAUUCCGAGCACUUAAAAAAAUAAACAAAUAACCCCAACUCCAGCUGUUUGAACAUCCUGUUCAAAAGUCCCCCCCCCCUUCAGAGCUCUUAAUGCAUCGUGUUGCCUUCUUGAGACUCGGUGAAUAGUUGCACCUUUUGUAAUAAUCGUGUACGAGUCGUCCUCAGUGUGAAAAGAUGGAUCUCGAUAUCAUAUAGCCGCUGUUGGAAAGGGGUCGUAUAUACAUAUACGCUGGAAAAGGAAAGAAUGUGCAGGACCGGGAGGAUUUUUCUGAAGAACAGUGGGCAGUUGAACUGUUCAGGACAAACAAGGGACUCAUAAAGAACUAUCACAAAACAUAAAAACAGUCGUGGAUCAUCCAGGCAGCAAAAGUAAAACACAAUGGACCUGAGAAGCUGAAACGCUGAUCCUCGAUCAGCUGCUCCCCUGUGAUCUUAGGAAAAGGGCAGCUCUAGCAGCUCCGCUCAUCUGAGGUCGGUUUGAAGGCCGAGUCGUUGGCUGACCCAGGGUCAGGGAGCCAAGCUUCGGACGUGAAGGCUCAUAAGAAGUGGUGGAGCUGAGAUGUCUUUCAGGCAAGCAGAGGGCAUGUCCAUUAUGCAGGCCUUAGCCAUGACUGUGGCUGAGAUACCUGUCUUCCUAUACUCCACCUUUGGGCAGUCUAUUUUCUCACAGCUGCGGAUGACCCCCAGCCUGAAGAAGGUGCUGUUUGCGACGGCGUUGGGCUCCGUGGCCCUGGCGCUCACGGCGCACCACCUGAAGAGACGCAGCAGGAAGAGGAAGCAGGUAGCGGAGAAGUCGGCGCCGAAGACGGUGGGCAUCCCGGAGCAGCUGCUACGUUCAGCAAGACCCGCAUCACUAAAGAGAGGUCCGUACCCGGGGAGACAGAUGAUGAGCCCGAGUACUCGCAGCAACGACACCAUGAGUGGAAUCUCCUCGCUUGCUGCAAGCAAACACUCGAGCUCUUCGCACACAUCGGGGCGACUCCCUCCAUCUCCCAACCAGUCAGCCGCUGUAGCCACGCCGGAGCCUGUGGCGGAAGAGCCAGGGGCGAUGGAAGAUGCAAAUGCAGAGAACUUAUACCUCAUGGGUAUGGAGCUGUUUGAGGAAGCGCUGCAGAAGUGGGAGCAAGCGCUGAACAUCAGACACCAGACUCCGUCCAACUCCUCUGCUGCUAACAGCCUCGCUCAACAGGGGGCAGCACUCACGCCAGAAGGUCGUAAUCGAAAAUUUGCAGAAAAGCUGGAGUUCCUUCUGCACCGGGCUUAUCAUUUGCAGGAAGACUUUGGCAGCACAAUACCAGCAGAUAGCCUGCUAGCUGACCUUGAGAGUGAAGGCACAUUAAUUCUGCCCAUUGUGGAAAGCUCCCACGGGCUUCGGGAUGAUGACGCCGUUACCAUCACGUCAGACGAUUCUUUCUUCUCGGCAGCCGAGCUCUUCGAGACGUUUGCUCUCGGUGAGGUGUAUCAUCCCUUAAAGCCUGCAGCUCUGUAUGAAGAGGCGCUGAAUUUGGUGAGAGAAGGGAAAGUAGAAUGCAGAUCACUCAGAACAGAGUUGCUGGAGUGUUACAGUGAUCAGGACUUCCUGGCUAAGCUGCACUGCGUCCGACAGGCUUUCCACGUGUUACUGUUGGAUGAGACUCACAAGACUUUCUUCAUGGAAACAGGCAAACAGAUAAUCAAUGGACUCUUGAUCAAAGCGAACAAGAGUCCAAAGGCAUUUUUGGAGAGCUAUCAGGACAUGUUAGUGUACACUCAACGAGAGGAGACAUGGCCAAGCACCAAGAUGGAACUGGAGGGACGAGGGGUGGUAUGUAUGAACUUCUUCGACAUCGUGUUGGACUUCAUCCUCAUGGACGCGUUCGAGGACCUGGAGAACCCGCCUACCUCCGUGGUCGCCGUCUUACGUAACCGAUGGCUCUCGGACAGUUUUAAAGAGACGGCUUUAGCUACAGCAUGUUGGUCAGUACUGAAAGCCAAAAGAAGGUUACUGAUGGUUCCAGAUGGGUUCAUAUCUCAUUUCUAUGCCAUCUCGGAACACGUGAGUCCAGUUCUGGCGUUCGGAUUCCUGGGUCCCAGACAGCAUCUGACUGAAGUGUGCACCAUUUUUAAGCAACAAAUUGUGCAGUACCUGAAGGACAUGUUUGACCACGACAAAGUGCGCUUCACAUCGACUCAGUCGCUGGCCGAAGACAUUCUGAGUUUGUCUCACAGGCGCACCGACAUCCUGCUGGGCUACCUGGGCAUCGAAAAUCUGCCUGAAGCUAACGGGGCGCUGCCUACUAGCCCAGGCGAACAGGACUGACGACACGACUGUAAGAGAAAAGAGAAAUAGAUCGAACUUCUUUAAUUCCAGAUCCAGCGGCAGAUCUACGCUCGUCAUAUUUAGCAGACCGGAAUGUAAACAAUCAGUAACUAUCCUCAGCAGGACCGAGUCUUAGAGUUUCUCUGAAGAAAUCGACACUCGGUCUGGGUUCUAUGGCUGAAACUCUUAGACUACCGCUCCUGAAAUAGCAGGCGGUAAUAACUCUUGCAUCUGUUACUAUUAAUCGAAUCGUCUAGUUGAAACGGGUUAAGUCUCAAUGUCGUAGAUCGGAUUGAUCUGCGACGGAAGAUUACAGUUUCUGUUGCAGCCUGACUGACAAAACCUAGAAUAAGCCAAUAAGUGAUGUAUGCAGAUCUACAACGUGUAAUCGAAAGUCUUCAGUUCUUUGAAAGAUGUCCUGUAGUGUCCCUACCAGCUGGACUGAAAUAUUCUAUAUGCCGAGGUCAGUGGAAAUGCCACCUUGUGUCAACUUUAGCCGACAGAACGCUAACAUUGUUUUCUCGAACAACGUCAAAGUGUUUCUUCGUCCGUCCGUCAGAUCACCAAUUAGCUCUAGAUGUGGAUGUCGGCGCCGAACACGGAUUUCCUUCGAGACCGUUCGGGUGUACGGUCCGGGACAUGUGACCGAGAACCGCUGCUUUCCGAGCCUCAUUUAAUCCCACGACCACCGAAGAAGCCGCACGAACAAGCGCACCACGGAUCCCAAAAUAACACUAAACUAAGUAGUCUAGGUCGUGUUCACUGCUAGGUUCUGUCUCUCUGUCCUUAACACGCCCUUGUAUAUAAUUAUGUCGUCCGUCGAUGUAUAUUUUGGUAUGUGCGUUAUAUGUGUAACUGGAGAUAUGAGGAGUGUGAGGAACCUAUGUAUAUGUACUCUGGGGGGAGUCAGAGGUGGGUUGCGUGCUAGCCAGAUCAAGAUCUUCGGCAGGUGGUUAUCGUCUGUUCAAUAUCGGAAGUAUAAUUCCUGUAAUCGUUACGUUCGAGCAGGUUGUAAUUAUCAUUUAGGAUGAUGAAACGGGUAUUCAGGGCACUGAAGAAUGCGAGGGACGCUUGGAAUGUAUCGGCUAACACUGGGUUUCAUUUAAAGUCGAGUUUAUGGUUUAUUAGCAAGGUAAAGCUUUCUACUGUAAUGAACUGCAGAUCACAAACGUCUGACUGAAUAAUAAAUAAUAUAUAGUCAUGCUUCAAUUCACAUCAUAUUAGGAUGAAUCUUUCCCAAUCCUGCUCUUAUAAUUCCCAGUGUACUGCUGAUUUUAUAUUUUUUUCAUCUGUGUUAAAAUGCUACUUUUUUUUUUAUUUAAAUUUUUUUAUUAUUCUUAUUUUUUUCUUUUUUUUUUUUUUAACUAAUGCAGGAUUAGGAUACAUACCCUUUGAUUUCCAAUACUAUUUUUAACUCGCCUUUAUCAACUGGGUUUUUUUUUUUUCCUUUCUUUUUUUAAAAAAAAUUAUUUUUUUUCAUUUAUGAUUUAUCACAUGUGUAUGCAUUAAAUGGAAGCGUGUGCACUGGGAAAUUUCCCCCUGCUCUAGCGUUUCCUGGACUGUUUUCCCAAGUGCUUGCCUUUUUAUAAAGAGUUGCCAACUAGCUAGCAAAAUAAAAUAACGAAGCUACGUGAGCUGCCGCGCACGUAGACGAGUCGGCAGCGAGUGGCUGAAGUCUACAGUUGCGCUGAUUCCAUCACUUAGCUAACAAAUUAGAAACCUGCUAGUGUAUAAGUUCUCAUCAGGAAGCCAUGUUCCCUCCAAGAUAAGCAACAAUCAUUUUUUUUUUAUUUAUUUUUUUUUAAAACCAAUUUUUGUAUAGGCUUUCGGGACUAGCUAGUUAAAUUUGGUUCAGAAAAAAAAAAAAAUAUAUAUAUAUUUUAAAUCCCGUAAUUCAUACUCGAUACCGAUGACGCAUCUAUUUGAGUCUUAAUGGGCAAAACAUGAGACAUGCAUGUGUGCACGUGAAAUUGUGUAUGGCAUCUGAUAAUGUUUUGUGUUUUCCUAUUUCCAUCUCCUCCCAUUUAACUCCAACCAAGUCCUGUAAUGAAGGUUCACCAGCCUUCAUUUGCACUUUAUUGUUUUAAAAAACGAUUGCAAAUCCGACACGCACGGCUUCAAUCGGAUAUUUAUAGUAAUACCGCCUAGUCAAAUAUGUUGCCUCUAAAAGCAGUGCUUGUGUUUCUUUUCAUGCGUAUCUUUCCUUCUUGGGAGUGUGCAGUCGUGUACGUUUCAUGCCGAAAGGCGGAACAAUGCAAAGAAGUGCCAAAAAGUAAAUUGGCCAGCGUUUACUUUUACUUAAAUGAUGAGAUUUCUAGUUCACUUGAUUAUGCAGAGUUGGUACACAGCUAUGACGUGGUCAACAUUGAAAGCCUGAGGAAUGACAUUGGAUGAGUUGCAUCGUUUGUGCCUGUGUUCUUUCUAUAUGACUUCUUUCUCUAUCUGUCAUAUCUGUCAUGGACUGAUAUCUGCUUUAUGUCACUUUCGCUGUGUCACUAUACAACAACUUGAUCAAAACAUGACCUUCGCUGUGUAAGAAAAUCACUUAACUAGUACAGAUAGCUUGCGGUGCUAAACUGCCAUCAAAACUACCGGGUGUCCCAAAAGUCUCCACACAUGGGGUUAAAUAACACCUUUUAGCAAACAGUUCAUUCUCAUGGCUGGAUCGGGAAGCUGUCGCAAGGUUACGAUGAGACCCGAGAGGCUUUUCACCUGCUGGUGUGAACAAUGGAUAACUGAUUAUACACCUUAACUGAGAAUGGUUUUUAGAAAACCCCGUUGGAUGUCACUGGCUGAAAUUAUACAUUUUUUUUAAAGUCUAAAAAAACCCAAGAAAACAGUUGAUUUGUUUCCGCACGUCUCGUAUGUUGACGUUAAGAAACCAUAAAUGCUUUUAGUGACUUUUUAACCAUGCCUAGGCUGUCAUCCAUGUAGGGUAAGGAGACAGUUUAACAAACAAACCAGAGGCACGAACGAUCUCUGAUAAUUCCUUCCAAGCUUUAUUUUUCUACAUAAUGUCUCUUGUAUAUUAUAGGAUAAGAUGAAGCCGUGAUUAUAUGUUUCCCCCCCCGCCCCCAUAUUGUUGUUAAACAGUAAAUGGUUACUAAUUGUAGGUAGGAAAUUGGGAAAGUGACAAAAACCGCAGACCAUACGCGCCAUAGGAUUGGUCUGAAAAACCAUUUGGGCACCUUGUUCGGAUUUGUUGUUUUACCACGCCAUCUAAUUUGCAUAGAAAAUUGGGAAAAUUCCAAUUUAGCUGAAAUCAUGGCUCCGCGUUGGACACUUGCAUAGAAAAUGAAUGGUCAUCUGUCGCUUUGUCCAUCAUGCUACCUGUGUAUAACUUUCAUCUGUAAAGAAGACACUGCAGGAGCAGUACAUGCUUUUUUUUUUUUUUUUUUUUUUUUUAAAAGCUGACUUAUAAUUACAGCUCUUAAGGAGAGGAUUGUAAAUGGUAGCCUACUGUACAAUGAGAUGCCUGAAAGGUUCGACCUUAAUUAUUCAUUUGUUCUUUUUUUAUUAUUAUUAUUAUUAUUAUUCCUAAAACAUGUUAAUUGUAACCAUGAGUUGACCUGAAAGGUGUUCAAUUUACUGACGUUUGAACUGUAAUAAUCGUUCGUUGCAUGUUAUUUGCGUAUCUGUAUCCGUCUGUUAAAUAUCUGGUUUUCCCUUCGUGUUUUUGUUGCGACGCUUUUACAUCGAGGACAUGGGAACAGUUUUGAGGAAUGAAAAGAACAAAUGUUAUAAUGGAAAGUUUCAGGACAAACUUUAUGAUGGAUUUUGACUUGCUGUAAUUAAAACUAUCUACAUCAAUAUGACAAUACUACAAGAUACAUUUUAGCUACAUGAUACUGGGUAGACAAUAUAAAUGUAGUAAUUAUACGCAGAUUAUGAAUUAUGUAGAAAUUCAUUUUGGGGAAGCCGUGUAAUCUAAAUCAGGAUGUGCUCCAUGUAGUAGUUUUAUAGUUUGGAAUGCUAUAAUGGGAAUAUUUUGGUUAUUUUGUUAUUGAUCAUUCAUGAACAAAUCCAUAAAUGUGACCAAUCAUUAUAGGAGAGCUAAUCUGACGUUUUGUUACUUAUACAGUCCCCUCCAAAACUAUUGGAACGGCAAGGCCAGGUCCUUUGUUUGUGUUAUACACCAAGGACGUGAUGGAUAUGAGAUGAGUGUUUAGGAUUACAGCUUUUAUUUCCUGGUAUUUACAUCUAGAUGUGUUAAACAUCAUAAAACCUUUUGUAUCAGACCACGCAAUUUUGAGGUGAGCAAAAGUAUAGGAACAGAUAAGUCUUAAAGUAAUUAACACUUAACAUUUGAUUGCAUAUCCCUUGCUUGCAAUAACUGCAUCAAACCUGCGACUCACUGACAUCACCAAAUUGUUGCUUUCUUCUUUCGUGAUGCUUUUCCAAGGCUUUUACCGCAGCCGUGACACUACCUCCACCAUGUUUCACAGAUCGGCUUGUACGUUUUGGAUCAUAAGCAGAUCCUUUCUUUCUCCACACUUUGGCCUUUCCAUCACUUUGGUAGAGGUUCAUCUGUGAUUCCAGAACUUGUGUGGCUCAUCUCUGUACCAGGGAAUAAAAGCUGAAAUUUUAAACUCUUCUCAUAUUCAUCUUUUGACCUCAAACCCAAAUGUCUACAGCAAAAACAGUUGACUUGGGUUUGCUGUUCCAAUAGUUUUGGAGGGGACUGUGUGUUUCAGUAACAGCUAGGAAUCAGAUACAAUGAUCUAUGGCAAAAUUAUAAAACUUAUCUACUCUAAUGUGCAGCUCGUCACAUGCUUGUGUGUUAUGUGCCGGUUGAUAUUUCAGUGUUAAGUGUCUUGUAAAAAAAAAAAGCCGUGUUAAGCUGUGCUUUCUGAACCUUUUCAUGUAGCUUUUGAGCAGUACUAACGUUGGGCGUCUAUUGAACUUCUAAUAACUGAGAGUUUUAAUUUGGAAGGUCAUCGUAAUUUGAUGAUCAUAAAUGUGUUUGCUGAGUUACACCCCUCAAAAAGUGCACUGGAAUCUUCUAUAAAAGCAGUGAAUGAACAUUCUUUUGUGUUUUCAUGGAUACUAGUCUGGCAAACAGUUGGCAAAAAAAAGAAAAAAAAAGUUUUAAUCUGAUUUUUAAUCAUGUAUAUGUGCAGGAACCAGGGGUCACCUUUAAAAAAAAAAAAAAAAAAAAAAAAAGUUCUUAUUUCCAUUUGCCUUUGGUGUAAAUCCUGGUAGUCAAUUCCGGCACAAAAGCGUUGUACUUGUGUCUGACAUUUGUAUUUUGUUUUUCUUAUAUCUGUACUUCUAUUGCACAAACAUUAAAAAAUAUAUCAUUUUU